GGGUAGCCGAACGCGAAAUAAUGAGUGUGCUGCAAUGGCGGUUCCGUAACGGUUGCGGAGGCGGCAGCAGCUUCGGGUUCGGCGGCGGUUCCGCCCCUCUGAGUGUGUUUAUCGCUGCCACUGCUGCUCUACUCACUUUCUACUACAUUAAUUGGCUUUGUGGUAUGACUCGGCUCGAGAAUCUCACUGGAUUCGUUCAUCCCAAAUAUCAGAAGGUUGAGAAAGUGUUCAGAAAAAAUUUUCAUGAUGGUUGGGAGCGAGAAGGAGCAGCUAUUGCUGUCUAA